CUGCAUCUUCAUUGUCAAAGACUUGGCCCAAAGUGCUCUGGCUUCUCGCCAAUGAGACUUCCUCUCCAGGGUGGGUGACCAAGCAAGGGCUAUGUGGUGGACCAAUGGCAGUGCCCUCCCUGGGUUCGUUCUGAUGGGCUUCUCCGACCGGCCGCAGCUGGAGCAGGUUCUCUUUGGGGUGAUCUUGCUCCUUUACCUCACGACCCUGGUGGGCAACACCACCAUCAUCGUAAUGACCCUCUCGGAUGCUAAGCUCCGCACACCUAUGUACUUCUUCCUCUCCCAUCUGUCCUUCCUGGACCUCUGCUUCACCAGCAGUAUCGUCCCCCAGCUCCUCGUCAACCUGGGGGGUGCAGAUAAGUCCAUCUCCUACGGAGGCUGUGUGGUCCAGCUCUACGUGUCCCUUGCGCUGGGCUCCACAGAGUGCGUCCUCCUGGCUGUGAUGUCCUACGACCGCUAUGUCGCCGUCUGCCGUCCUCUGCACUACGCCUCCGUCAUGCACCCUCGGCUCUGUCACGCCCUGGCAUCCCUGGCAUGGCUCAGCGGUGUGGCCACCACCCUGGUGCAGUCCACACUCACCCUGCAGCUGCCCCUCUGUGGGCACUGUCUCGUAGACCACUUCUUCUGCGAGGUCCCGGUGCUCCUCAAGCUGGCCUGUGUGGACACCACCUUCAACGAGGCUGAGCUCUUCGUGGCCAGCGUCCUGUUCCUCCUGGUGCCCGUCUCCUUCAUCCUGGGCUCCUAUGGCCUCAUUGCCCGGGCGGUGCUGAGCAUCUCUUCCGGUGAGGGCAGGCGGAAGGCCUUUGGCACCUGCUCGUCCCACCUGCUGGUGGUCGUCAUCUUCUACGGCACCAUCAUCUUCAUGUACCUGCAGCCGGCCAAGAGCCGCUCGAAGGACCAGGGCAAGUUUGUUUCCCUCUUCUACACAGUGGUGACGCCUGUGCUCAACCCUCUCAUUUACACCCUGAGGAACAAGGAGAUGAAGAUGGCGCUGAAGAGAGUCCUGGGGACAGCUUCUUGGGGGGCUUUCUGAUUGUCAAGAGACCUGCAGGAGAGACCUCGAGGAGCAACUGCCUUUCUAACCGGUAGUGGGUCCGUCCAUGAUGAGUCACACAGGUGGGCUCAGGAGAGAAGUUGGAGGACAGCUUGGGUCUCACAGUUAGACACCCUGAGACCUGACCAUGUGGCAUGACCUUCUCCAUCUUCAGAUACUGCUGCAUGGUAUUAAACUGCAGAAACUAAAAUGAGGUCAUGGUUCUGUUUAAGUUUGUUCUGUUUAAUGGCCUUGGCCACAGGCUGGAUGUCUAUGGUCAUGCUUUCACUUUUUGCAGAGAUUGGAGUAUUCCAGUCAGUUGACCGAACAGAAAGCAGGAUUCUCCACCUCUGCGGCACUGGUCUUUCCCCGUGCCAGGGGUUCCUGUCUCAGCCCAGUGGCCCCGGGCUGCCCUCCCUGUGGGUGGCCGGCCCUUCCUCCUUCUCUUAGCUGCUCCUGGCAUUGUGUAUUUCUCUCCUCACUGUGGUUUAGAGAACAGCAAUUGUGCCGUGGUGCAGUCUCUUCCUUGAAUAAGUCUGUGCACAGGCCACUCCUGUAUUUACGGUGCAGCAUGGACUGUUCCUAGUUUAUCUUCACAGUGAGCUACACUGUGCUUGCGUGCUCUGCCUGCACACAGUGCAGACAGCCUCAGAAUUAACACGCACAGCUGAGCCCCAGGCUGCUGCUCUCUGCUUCCUCCUUCCCACUCUCCGCAUUAGGAGAUGAAUGUCACUCUGUCCUCUGUCCUCUCUGUCACCUGCUGCGUGUCACCAGUGACAAUGUGGGACUGCACCUUCUGGUUGCUCUCCAUGUUGCCCACUUCUCUCCACUCUACUCUUUCUAUCUUGUUUUCUUGUGUGUUUUGUAGUACUGGGAUGGAACCCAAGGCUUUUACA